AAUGGAUACUAAAGCAUACUCAGAAAUCUCUGAGAAGGCCCUAAUUACUGAGUUGUAUAGAAGAUAUCGUUGUUAAGAAGAAGGAUUGAAGAAACGUAUUGUAUUAUUGGGGAUGCCUGGAGCUGGUAAGUUAUGCGUUUUAUAUUUAUAGGAAAGGGUACACAUUCAGCAAAAAUGCUGGCCCGUUUUUGCAUGUGUCAUCUAUCUACAGGUGACCUUCUUAGAGAAGAAGUAAGGUCGGGUAGUGAUUUUGGAAAGCGCCUUAAAGGUAUUAUGGAUAGAGGAGAGUUAAUUGAGGAUGAAGUUAUGUGUAAUUUAAUCAAACACUAGUUAUCUAAGUAAUUAUAUAUUUAACAUUAGACCUGCAUGUGCAAAUGGAGCUAUUUUGGAUGGCUUUCCAAGAACUAUUCCUUAAGCUCAGAAAUUAGAUGAAAUUUUAAAAUCUAGUGGAUAAUAGAUUGAUCAAGCUAUCUUCAUGAACGUCAGAGAAGAUACCGUUAUUGAUCGUUUAGGAGGUAGAUGGACCCAUCUAACUUCUGGAAGAACAUACAACUAUAAGUUCAAUCCUCCAAAAUAAUAUGGAAAAGAUGAUAUUACAGGAGAGGAUUUGAUAUAGAGAGAAGAUGAUAAAGAAAGUACUAUUAGAAACAGAUUAAGAAUAUAUUAGAGUAAAACAUCUCCAAUUGUUGAUUAUUAUAGAUAGUAUAUAUUCAUAUUUAUUAUUGUAGGAGAAGUAUUUUGCAUGAGAUCAAUGCAGAGAGAUAAGUAGAUGAAAUUUGGAGAGAAAUCAAGAACAUUGUUAAAUAGAAAUGAUUAGUGU